AAAAAAUUUUGUUUGUAAACAUUUUCUAUUCGUUCUCAAACGUAUAUUUAAUGUUAAUCUUUAUUCAUUUGAUAUUCGUCUGUCUAUUAUGCAAUAUCAUCAAUUUACAAGUAUUGAUCUCGAAGAUAUUUUUCAAGGACAAGUUCGUCGACUUUGUCCAAUUGUUACACCAUUAGUACAAAUAAAUAAAAAAGAAAAAUUACCAUUAACACUUAAACGUCAAUCAAUUGAUUAUACGGAUGUUUGUCCAAUAUGUUUUGAAAGUUUACUUAUGAAAAAUCGAAAAUUAGUCACAUGUUUUUAUUCCUGCGGUAAAUCAAUGCAUAAGCAUUGUAUGAAUGAAUGGAAACGUGUUCAAGGAAAAUCUAUUAAUUGUCCACUUUGUCAAGCUCAUUGGAUUGAUCCAUCAACAGCAGAAAAAGCUGUACUUAAUCAUUAUUCUCAUCGUUCAUAUCCAAUUGUUAAACGGGAGAAAUAUAUUCUUUGUUGUUUAUAUACUCCUCCAGAUUGGCUCUAG